AGUCAUUAUACUUGGAACCUGUUACACGAAGCAGUGGUGCCCGCACUUUCAAUCGACUGAUUCAGAAGAAGACUGUACACUCAUGGAAUAAUACUAGAAGGGAAAUAACAUAGUUCGUAGGCCUUCGAUCCGCACUAGAUAAAUUUGAAUCUGAAUUUUAAAGGCGAAAAGGCGUGACCUUGAGACCACACCUACUCACUAGUAAAUUCGCUACUAUGACAAAAUCUCACGUCACAGUUGUUGGCUCACUCAACGUUGACCUAUCUGUAUUCACGAGUAUUAUUCCAAAGCUAGGAGAGACAGUAACUGGUUCGAGUUUUCUUCUUGGUUACGGGGGUAAAGGGGCGAAUCAGUGUGUGGCUUCCAGAGUACUGGGAUGCAACACUGCACUAAUAGGAAAAGUUGGAGAUGACUACUUUGGUGAAAUGUUUGUUCAGCACUUAAAACAACUUGGAGUGAACACUGGUAAGUGAAAUCUAAGAGAAAUGCCAAUGACUUAACAAUAUUUGCACAAAAUUAAUCCCUAUCUUCUCCUACACCCCAUUAAUGUAAACAAAUAGCCAAUACUUUCGAAACAAUAAUUUAUAUCCUGUCAACAUUAAUUAUGCAGGCGUCGUUAAUUAAUUUGAACUUUUUCGAGAAGUAAAUAAGAUUUUUUGUAACAACACGUCUUAUUUGGCAACCCAUCUUGGUUGCCUUUACUCGCCUUUAUCAAGACAUUCCUUACUAGUUCUAGUCCUAAUCACUCCUUUAAAGAUAGAAAUUUAGUUUCUUUGUCCAGUACAUUGUCAUAUUGUAUACUAGUAUAUUACUUAACAAUAUCCUUAUUUGAACUUAGACGGUAUAUCAAGAACAUCAAUGGAUAGUACUGGAGUUGCAUCGAUUACAGUUGACACAAGAACAGGUGGAAAUCAAAUUAUCAUCGUCCCAGGUGCAAAUAUGCUUGUAUCAGAAAAAGACAUCUCUCUUGCAGAGAAACUAGCUCUCUUGGAUACAAAAGUAAUGGUUUGUCAGUUUGAAAUCAAUCCAACAGCAACACUCUAUAGUUUGAGGCUUGGCCGUGCUAAAGGUGUAAAGACAAUUUUAAAUCCUGCACCUGGACCAGUGGCUUCUGGAAAUCCUGAGAAGUUGGGGAAUUACGAAUUAAUGGAAGAUAUUUUGUCAAACUGUGAUUUCGUAUGCCCAAAUGAGUCUGAAUUUUGUUCUAUAACUGAGUCUGAUUCUGAAUCACUUUUUUCCAAAGAUGAGAUUGGCUCACUGAAUAUAGAUGCUUUUAUUCCUGGUCUUACCUAUUUGCUUAAAAAGAAGAUCAAAUACCCCAUAGUAACUCUAGGAAGUAAAGGAGUUAUUGCAAUUUUGUCUGAACAAGAUAUGGAAAAUAUAUAUGCCAAAGACGCUAGCGAAGUGGCUCGUAUUACUUUUGAUAACCAAAAGAAGUUGGUAGUGCACUUCUCAGCACCAAGUAAAAUUGAUGUAGUUGAUACAACAGGAGCAGGAGACUGUUUUGUUGGCUCACUAGCUUACUUCGUCGCAUGUCACGAGGACAUUACUCUAGCUGAACAAAUAAGACGAUCGGUUUGGGUUGCCAGCCAGUCAAUCCGUAAAAAAGGUACACAAUCUAGUUACCUGAAACGUGAUGAACUUCCUGAUACACUCUUUGCAUUAGAAACAUUUCCGUGGCCAUAGUAGCUAAAAUCAAUAACUUUUUUCCAAUAUUUUUUGCUUUUUAAAAUGCUUGGUAUGUCCUAUAUCCCAACAUAAUUAAAGAAAUAUAAAAGAUAAUUUACACUGAAAUAA